CAAGACCGUCGGAGGUAGGGUUCACAGGGAGGAUGAGGGGAACGUUGCUGCGUCGGGAGAGAGAUGAGGGCAGGGCAGGGGUGGCAGUGGGCCGGGGGCACGAAGCUGCCACCUUUGGGGGCACUAAUGUAGCGCACACUGCUCACUUCCCACGUGUUGCGGAGGAACGGGUGGGCGAGUUACGAAGCGGGAAAACCUACAACUUUAGACGUACCGAUUCAGGCGAAUCAGCCGAUGCGGCCACUGUUGGGGGUCUGACACUCGAAUGACAAGCUGAUGAUCUCGAUACGCAGGCAGAAAGAAACAAAUACGGUACGCUACGACGACGACCACGACCCGAGAUGGUUGGAUAGACCUACCUACGUCGAUGUCGAUCAUGUACUGAAAUCCUCAUGCGCAAUUAACGAUGGCGUCCGAGCGAGGAGGCGCGAGCGAGAAAGUCUCGACGAGUGGACCAGGCACAUGCCGUGUUUCCUCUUGAAGACCAGGAGGAGGAGGAGGAGGAGGAAGAGAUCGGCAGGAGAUUUCUUAGAGACCGCGGGCGGACCCAUUCAUUCCGAUCUCCGUCUUCGGCAAACAGGUUGCAUCAUGCAGAACGAGAAGGGCUGGCUUAUUUCCUUGCUCGAGGAACGAGGGCGUAUUUCUUGCCCGGUACUUGGCAGGCAGGCAGGCAGGCAGGCAGGCAGGCCCUAAAAAUGUAGUGUCAGUGAUUUAAAUUCGCCCGUCGAUUUGGCCACACGGAUGCAAAUCAAGCCGGGUAAUCGGACUGUUGCGAGCUCAAGAACAGAGCAGGUCGGUCUUCGUGACUUUCGACCCUGGCCCUCCUCAGGCCCAGGCUCCAAGAGAGAGAGAGAGAGAGAGAGAGAGGUGUGAAGGACUACUGCUGUGCUAAUCAGCGGCGGCAAUAAUCUGCAGAUCUGCGAUUUCCCUCGCGGUACAGUCCCCUAAAAGAAAUCAAAGAAAGCCAGAGCCUCCCCCAACUUGCUCUCGGCGGCCGCGUCCGUCUUUUCAUACAUACUUCAUGGGAGCAAUGUCCUUCGUAAGAAACAAGAUGAGCUCAUGCUGCGGGUCAUCGAGUAGAAAGGCUGUUACUCUGAGCCGAUUAUCGAUAAACAUAUUUUGAUUCGAUGGGUGGGAAUGUCGUGAGCAAUCAAUCUCUCUCAUGGUGCUGGUCUCCGGAGAGCCAGCGACCCAGCCGGCAGGCAGGCAGGCAGGCCGGCCGCUCAGUGCCCGGGCCGACUAUGCAGCCCGGCCGGCCUGCAUAGUCGAACGGAUGGGAUGGAGGACCCGAGUGAGAUAUGCUCGGCAGCAUCAGGUCGCAGGUGCGGAAGGUCGGCGAUGGGACUUGAAGUGCUUAGAAAUGACGAUCAGGGACACUUAUUAGGCGCAGGUUGCCAUAAUGAGGUCGUACAGAAAGUCAUACCAUGUCAGCAGGCAGCUUCGGAGCUCUUUCGACACAUCGCACAAUCUUGGGCUCAAAGUCGCUGCUAAGCCUCUUUGCUCUAACGAAAGAUGGGUGACAGCGAUCGCAGUAUAAAGAAAGCGAGCUGCUACGCACUUUGUCCCUCAGCAGCGUGAUGUCAUCCAGGGAGAUCAAGCUGGAAAUGACGCAGGAGCUCGCACUGACAGUCUUCAACUCCGGCGAAAUCAUCAAUGGAAGCUGUCGUGUGGACUUGUCACAAACGCUCGAUGAUACUGUGUGCUCGUCGGGCAAAUGGCCAGCUAGAGCCUUUUCUGUCUGUAUAUAAAUUUUGGCAGACAUAUGAGUGCAAAUGCGAAUGAGUGCGAGCACUACAGGAUUGUGCAUAAGCUCGCCUGCAUUACCUGAAGUCAGCGGACAGUUCGCGAUCAGGAAUCUGGAUUUGCUGGUGUAGAUGCAGCGUGCUAUAUGUGGAGCUUGCGUGUCUACAUUUUGUACCCAGUAGAUGUACAGUGGGACUUUGGUGAGUACUCGGUUGGAGGUUCAAGCCAAAGAGAGCAAAAUCUUCGGACUGGUGCUGUGUAAUCAUUAUCCGCUAAUCGUACAGCUCAACAUUAUCUGCUGGAUACUCCUACUUGACCUUACAUGCCUUCAGUAGAUAACGAUUAUUCGGAUCCACCGUUUGCUUAUGUCGAUCAGGUACGCUGUUUUUCUCUUCAUAUUCAACUCAUUUCCCAGAUGUAUUGCAGCCUAUCGAUACAUAUCCAUAGCCUUGUCUUAGCUCACACUAAGACUCAUUGGAAUGACUUUUUCUACUGAACCACAUUACUGUACGUUUGGGCACUUUCUUGUAGCAUCAUCUUCAUCUCAAGCCGAAUCAACGAGUGACGUGCAUGCGAGGUUUCUGUCGGUGUCAGUUCUUCUAUCCCACUUCAAGUUGGAUGCUGUAUUGAGAGAGGAUAUGCAUCAGAUAUCAUUACUGCUUCUCAUAACUUACUAUAUAUCAAAAGCUCAUGUUGGCAUAGAUGAAGUGUAAAGUUUUUUGGGUUUUGCAUUUAUUUCGAGCAAGAAAUCAAUGAUUUUGAGAUUUGUAUUUUAAAGACAUUCAAAUUAAGUUUGAUCGAUCUAGGUCCAAAUACAUCAAACAUCAGCCGAGGUGAUUGUCGUC